AUGUCGGUUGGACAAUACUCAGCCAAGAGGCGGAAACUCAGCCAUGAUUCACGGACAGAUAAUGUCGACCUUCGCAAAGCCUCUACCAGUUCCGAUGUCGGUGACGAUGUUCCAGACAAUCUCGCAAGGAAUGGUCUAGCUUCGAAGACACCGCCGCAGAAAUCAACUUCGAAGCUCAGUCAGAUGUCUACAUCGAAGACUCCAGUGCUACCUACCGGGGGCAUCAAUAAGUCAGCUAUUCUCGGACUUCAAGUAGCUGAUCUGAACGCCGAGGUGACGCCAAACUAUGACAAGCUGCGAUCCAAAUGGACUACUCUCUCGAACAAAUUGGUAUCGCUCAUCAAAGACAUCAAGGACAUCCCGCCUGUCCAUGUGACGGAGGCCAUAAAGUUGCUUCGGCACCAAGGAAUGAACAUUCCAUUCCCACAGCCACAGCCGUCAAAAGGUACAAACUACAAGUUCAACUUUGUUGCUCCGAAGCAGGUUCUGGUUGGUGGCGCGUUACCAUGGAGUCUGAGCCUGAAGGACGAGAACGCCGUGGAGAUCACAGCGAUUAUGCCUGAUGGUAUCUUACAGGAGAAGGAUUAUCUCAACUACCGGGCAUGUCACAAGGGCGCAUUUUACCUCGCCUGUGUCGCGUCAGCUAUCAAGCAGAGUGAAGAGGUUGACUUCGAUAUCUCCUUUGCACACAAGCAUGAUGUCGAUCUUUUACCCGUCAUUGACCUCGUUGUCAAGGACAGGAAACCAUCCAAGUUCAAGUUCCAGAUUGCUGUGGGUUUCAACGACCAUUCAAUACCCAUAGCAAAGACGCUGCCUUCGAAGAACUGUCUCAGGCAAGAAAUACCGGGCAGUCAAGAACAAAAUGGCCAGUCAUCUCCAUUCUACAACAGUGCAAUACGGUACGCCGCAUCUACCCUACACUUCGACCAACUCAUCCAAUCGACAAGGAGCUCGUCCUUUGACGAAGCUUGCCGGAUUGGCCAACUCUGGCUUCGACAACGAGGUUUUUCCAGUUCCGCUCGGACAAGCGGAUUCGGUUUCCUGGAAUGGACUAUAAUAUGCGCACUACUGACGCGCACCGGCGGUCACCGCGGCCACCCAUUGUUCUCGAAACAGUACAGCAGCAUACAGUUUUUCAAGGCUAUGCUUCAGAUACUCGGCGGACGAGAUCUACUGGAACCGAUGCUUCUCAACGGUGCUAAUUUCGACCUUCCGCGCUCGGACGUGCCAGUCAUCUACGAUGGGGAGACGGGUGUCAACAUCCUCUAUAAGAUGUCUCCUUGGUCGUAUGAAUUACUUCGUCAUCACGCUCAAGUCUCCUUGUCGGCGCUCAAUUCUCGCAACCAGAACGGGUUUGAUGCAACCUUUGUGCUGAACGUCGCCGUGCCCUUGCUGCAGUACGACGAGAUAUAUUCUGUAACAGUAGCUGCAGAUCUAGUCAGAACUACCACAGGUGAACGAAAUUUUGUGCAAAGAAUGUAUAAGAUCCUGAAAAAGGGACUGGGUGACAGGACUACUUUGAUCGACGUCAAGCUGCCUCAAGAGUCAGGGUGGCCUGUCAACAAGCCCCCUGCUCACCGAAAAGAGAAAUAUGAGUUGCAAGUUGCGUUGCUUGCUAAUCCAGAAAAUGUCAACCGCCUCGUUGACCGCGGCCCAUCAGCAGACGAACAGGAAGAAGCUGCCAAAUUCCGCGAGUUCUGGGGCGAAAAGGCAGAGUUGCGCCGGUUCAAGGACGGCAGUAUAUCUGAAAGUCUGGUAUGGGCAGGAGACCGGCCAGUGACGUUACAGAUCAUCGCAUAUCUCGCAACUUUGCAUUUCAAACUGUUUCCGAGCUCGCUCGAAACAAGGAGUCAGAAUCUGGAGUCCAGUGUCCUGGGGGACGGCAACUACACUUCAGGCCUCACCCCCAAGGACGCUUUCCGGGUGAUCAAUUCAACGUUCCAGACCCUGACAUCCGGUCUGCAUAAUCUUGAGGGUCUACCGCUGCCGAUUCGCUCAAUCUCCCCUGCAGACCCGGCUUUGCGCUCGAGCUCUACGCUUCAUCCAUUACUACCAUCGGUUUCGUCCCCCAUCGAUAUCUCCAUCCAAUUUGACUCUUCCACAAGGUGGCCAGACUCCCUGCCUGCCAUCCAACAUACGAAAAUUGCGUUUCUGCUUAAGCUUUCUGAGUUGCUGAGUUCAAACGAUCAAGGCCUCACCACUCGUGUAGGAAUCGAGAAUACAGACUCGGCCAGCACAGGCUAUUUCAACACCUCGUUCCUCGACAUUAUCUAUCCUUCUCCAGCUCCUGGCAUCAGUCCAGUCUGCUUCCGAGCUCGCAUCUACCAUGACCGGGAAGCUCACCUCAUUCAGACUGCCCUGGCGGACAAAUCCCUCCAUGGUGCACUUAGAGACUCUCUUGCCACCGCACUAGCCACUUACAAACGCGACUUUCAGGCUAAACCAAUACAUACGACCACUAUUCGCAACCUGAUCACCAGAUUCCCGCCUUUGUCCAGUACGGUCCGCCUGCUGAAGAAAUGGGUCUCAUCCCACCUGCUGCUUCACGAACAUGUUCCCGAGGAAAUUCUUGAACUCAUCGCCGCUCAUAUCUUCCUCCAGCCCGCACCGUGGAGUGUCCCCGGGUCUGCAACUGUGGCGUUUCUGCGAUGCCUACACUUCCUUGCGAGGUGGGAUUGGGCUUAUUCACCAUUAAUCAUUGAUACGAGCAUCUCACAAGACUCCUUGACCGCGGCGGAUGUUACGGAGAUCCGAAACCGUUUCGAGGCGUGGAGGAAAUUGGAUCCGCAGCUGAACAACGUGGUGUGGUUCGUGGGCACGAACAUUGACACGAGCGGGACCGUGUGGACCGUCAAUGCACACCCUCCGCGUGUCGUUGCGGGUCGACUGACCGCACUGGCGCGCGCGGCGAUUGAACUGGUCGAGAGCAAAUCGACAAGCAUGACGGAACACCAGUGGACAAGCCUAUUCGAAAGCCCUUUGGGAGAUUACGACUUUCUGAUCUACUUGAAACCUGCCGUGGUGCGCGGUGCAGGACUCAAAGGCAAAGGUACCAAAGCCAAGUCUCGAAGGGACAGCGGUGCGCAAGAGUUCAAGAACCUCCAGAUCGCCGAGAGCAUGGACGUCGACUCGAUCGGGUACGACCCCGUCGAGCUGUACCUGCGCGAUCUCAACCACGCGUUCGGGUCCGCGGCCCUGUUCUUCUACGACCGCUACGGUGGACAGGUGAUUGCGGGACUGUGGCGGCCGACCGUGUCGGGGAGGAAGGAGUGGCGGGUGCGAUUGGGCUGGUCGAGUGUGCCCGUCAAAUCCGAGGGCGAGGCCGAAGAAGGAAAGGACAUGUGCGUGUUCAACCAGGACGGAGUGCUGGCGGAGAUGGCGAGGCUGGGCGAGGGCCUCGUGAGGGAGAUCAAGGUCAAGGAGUAG